AUGGCUCCGACAAGUAAGCCGGGUAGUCUGAAAGACCCAGAAAUUGCUGCGCUAUUCAGCGUGAAAGAUCCAGAACAAAGAUUUGAAGACUUACGCGAAAUCGGUCAUGGCUCAUUUGGCGCUGUAUUUUUUGCGCAAGAUUUGGAAACAAAUACAACGGUUGCAAUCAAAAAGAUGGUGUUUUCUGGUAAACAGUCUGCAGAAAAGUGGUCUGAUAUUAUUAAAGAAGUGUCUUUCCUCAAGAAUAUCAAACAUGACAACAUAGUUGAUUAUCGUGCUUGCUUUUUGAAAGAGCACACAUGCUGGUUAGUGAUGGAAUACUGCAUUGGCUCAGCUGCUGAUAUAGUAGAAGUACAUCGAACUCCAAUGCGAGAGUGUGAAAUUGCUGCUAUCAUCGAGCAAACACUUUUUGGACUUACAUAUUUACAUGAAUUAGGCCGAAUACACCGAGAUGUUAAAGCUGGUAAUAUUCUGCUCACCGAUAAUGGCAUUGUGAAACUUGCUGAUUUCGGAAGUGCUUCUAUUGUAUGUCCGGCUCAAAGCUUUGUUGGUACACCUUAUUGGAUGGCUCCUGAAGUUAUCUUAGCCAUGGAUGAAGGUCAUUACGAUCAGAGUGCAGAUAUUUGGUCUUUAGGAAUCACUUGCAUAGAGCUGGCUGAACGGCGCCCACCACUUUUUAAUAUGAAUGCAAUGUCUGCUCUUUAUCAUAUUGCUCAGAAUGAUCCACCGAGACUUUCAUGCUCUGAAAAUAGUUCACUGUGGUCAACGGAUUUCCAUUCAUUUGUCGAUCUCUGCUUACGUAAAGAUCCACAAGAACGCAUAAAGACCGAGCGUUGUCGAUAUCAUUCAUUUAUCGUAAAUAAGCGUCUAGAUGGCGUGAUUUUGGAAUUGAUUGUAAGAACAAAGGCAUUAGUUAGUGAUCUAGACAAUUUCCAAUAUAAAAAAAUGAGAAAAUUGGUUUAUCUCGACGAGCAGCAAGGUGCUGCAAGUGAUGAAACACUGUCAGCAGAUCGACAUGAUCAGGACGAAGAACUAUCAGGAAUAGGAGGUUCAACAAGUUCUCGUUCAAAUUCGAUCUCUUCAUUUCAGUCGUAUCAUUCAAGUGCUACAACGUCUGAUACUCAUCAUGCAGAGAGCAACAAACCUGUUGUUACGCGGCCUUCUGUGCCUUUCCAUCCUGCUUCAUCUACUUCCAACGUUCGCGAUACUAAUGAUAUUGUUGAUGAUGUUAAUGAAGAAGAAAUGGCAACUUUGCGACGGUCAAAGUUUUCAACCCUGCGGACAACAAAACUGAUAUCUAGAGAAUUAGAAGAAUACAAUCGAGAAAACAAUAUCUAUGAGCAAAUGAGUGGUUACAAACGCUUGCGUCAGCAGCAUCAAAAAGAAUUGAAACAGCUAGAAGAAAAAAGUAAGAUAGAUUUGGAUUCAUUCAAGCUUAAGGCUAAUAAAGAAUACGAAAACCUUAUGAAUACUUUCACCAAAGAUCUUCAAAGGCUGCGUCAUAACCAAAAUGCUGAAAAAGAAAAGAAGAUCCGAGAAUUUGAUGAUGUAGAACGUAAGUUGCGACGUCAAUUAACAUCCCAGCAAGAAAACGAGCUGAAAGCAUUUGUAAAUGCUCAAAAAAAGGAAUAUAAGCAUAAUAAAGAGAAGGCUAAAGUGGAGUUGAAAGAACGUUAUGCGAAUCGUUCUGCAUAUGAAAAUUCAUUGAAAGAAGUGAAAGCUGAUUUAAACGCACGACGUUCUGAAGCAGAAGCGGUUUUUGUGCGUGAACAAAAGAAAACACUGGAAAUUGAAAUUCGUCGGUUAAACCGAGUUCAUAUUCUUCUAAAUUUUGAUAUGACCCAGUUGCAAGCUGGCCAUGCUUUGUUGUAUAAACAACACGAGCUAACAAAAGAUCUUGAGUUAAAAAUUUUGUUGGAGAGCCAACGCAUGAAACGGCGACAUUUAUGGAAACAACAUGAGGCUGAAACAUCAAAUCAAUUGCAAUAUAAUCAGAGAAUUACGGAUGAGACUAUGAAACGACAUGCUUUACAAUCAAAACAGCAACCGAAAGAAUUGAAGGUGAAAGAGCUGCAAAUAAGAAAGCAAUAUCGGCAAGCAGUGAAAACACAGUUGAGGCAAAGCAAACUGCUACAAGUCUUGAGUUCUACACCAAAAGAAGAGCACAGAGAUAUGAUAAUGAAAUUGAAAGAAGAGCAAAAAAGAAAGUUGGCAACAUUGGCUGAACAAUACGAAAGUACCAUUGCAAAUUUGAUGCGUGACUUGACUGUUAAAUUGGAAUCUUGGCAGGAAGAUGAAUUGAAAAAUUUGAGAGAAAGGCUUGAAAAAGAAAUGGAUAUGCUCAAAGAUUUUCAAGAUAGGCAGAAAAAUUGUCUUGAGGACAAUUGCUGUAGAGAAGAACAAAAAUUGUUAGAACGUACGUCACUAAGAAAAGCAUUGAUUGAGAAAAAGGUUUGCUAUACAAUUUUUUCUGAGAGAUUUCCUAAUCUUUCAGGCGACUUAUAUAUAUAUAUAUAUAAAGUAAAUAUAAAGGUUAGUCUUCUUUUACUGAUGCGCUGGAUCUCGGCAUUUUAA